AUGACGAGACUGAAUCCCCCGGAGCCGAACCCCACGGCUGUUCCCUUUGUCCCAGCGACAUACCGCCUUCGCGAUGCGCUUAUCGAGGGCAGCGGAGGCUUUACAGCGGUGCAUGACAGACGCAUCCGCAUGCAGAAAGGUAAUGUGAUUCUGACGCCUACUUGGAACUAUCACGAUCACGGCAAAAAUAGCAGCGGCCCGCUGAUAUGGCUGGACGGUCUGGAUCUGCCCAACUUCCGACUCUUGCCAGUUCAUUUUGUCGAGUACUUCAAUGAGCCUCGCGACGCGGCCAAGGGUCUCAACCAUGCUGCCUCUCCCAUCGUCUUCUCCUGGGCCAAAUGA